AUGAGCGCAUACGACACUGUCGGUUGGAGAUUCGUCGAGGAGGCGGUGAUACGAGACAGGGGCUACGAUGAAGAGACUGCCCUCUCCUCCAUCCUCCAGUCAUUCUUCAUUCGCCGGGGAUUCGUGAACUCUCUUACGGCCCUCAACGAUGAGUUGGCGGAGCGGGAGGCGAUGAAAAUGACGCAAAACUGCGUAGCAAAGAAAGCGUGUGGUAACCACCAAAACCUGGAGGACGGCCACGUUGCAACCGAAUUGAAAAACCACACAAACAACAAAAGCAAAAGCAACAACAAAACGAUCAAUGGAGAUAAGAUUAGUAGCAGAGAAGAGAGUGGUGCAAAAGGAGAUGGCGAUGCUAGGAGUGGUGGUGUUACCGCCGUACUAGAGGCCAUGAAAAAGCGUAAACAGAUGCAGCUGAUGUGCCUUAACGAGCGAUACGAAGAGGCGGCAGCGCAGCUCCCGCACGGGAGUGUACUCAAGAUGAAGCUGCUGGCCAUGGAGGCGAUGCGGCGCGCGAGAACUGACCGGCGAGCGGCGUCGUUAUUCCUCUGUGAGAAAGUAAGCCCGCUGAUUGCCGGUACCCCGGACGCAGGGGCAGCACACGCCGUCUUUGUUGACUCACUAGCAGCAAUCACAGGCGCCAGCGAGUCGGAGUUGCUGCUGCCGUCGCCGCGUGAUAUCGCCCUUGAAGUGAACGAGGCGCUUGUGGACAGCCACGAGCAAAGCGCGCUUGAUGUGCUCCUCUCGUGGUCGGAGUGGCAGGCAUGGAUGAGGACGAGAGACAAAGAGUCCCAAAAAGGGAGUAGUUUCCCUUUUAUGAAAGGGGUGUAG